AGAAUCAAAACAAGCCGUAUGAAAACUGGCGGGCCGGUAGUUUAAGUAAAUUAAUUGUUUCUUUUAAUAAAAAAUAUUGCAAAAAUUAUAAAUAAAAUAAAAAAUUAUUAAAUAAACAAUGUCUUCGGCCUCAAAUAAUGUCAUUACGGAUUGGAAACGUUUGUGGCAACUGGUGUCUGGUAUACAUCAUGAGACACCCGAGUCUACCGUAAAAGAAGAACUAUUUAAUGUUUCCAAAGAAUUACAGGAUGGUAUAUUACAAUUUAAAACAGCCAAUUCAACUAAAAACAAUUUGGAAAAAUUGUUGAGUGAUAAAAAGCAGGAUAAAUUGUUGCCGUUUACCUUGAGAUUGCAGGAAUUGUUGGAUCUAGAAUCAUUACAAUGCUGGGAAAUCUUAUGCUAUUACUUGGCCAAUGAAUAUCGUGGUUCGGCCAGUUCUCUUACCAGUUUAAUUUCCACCGAGAAUAAUAUGACCCAAUUAUUGGAUGACAUAUGGGGUUAUUAUACCUUGGAACGUAUGAUUGUAUUAAAAAUUGUUAAAAAUCUAUUGAUAUUCUAUAAAGUACCCAAUCAUCCCUAUCACAAUGAGUACAAGGAAAUUGUUGAUAAAAUCGGUUUGGACAAGUUGAAAGAGUCGUAUAUGAAACAACUAGAACACUUGAUUAAUGAACAGCCACCACAAAAACUUACAGCCCGAGAGUUUUUCAACUAUCAGGCAAAGCUAGUGAAUUGGUCCGAAAGAAAUGCUCGGGAAAUUAUAGAAGUUUUACAAAUCCUACUCAUAUUGUGUGAUCACAAACAUUUGAGUGUGGCAGAGAUUACACGUUUGUUUAAUUGCUUUAAGCAACAUUCGUUUGGUCGCCAACAGGCCUAUUUGAGCAGUUCACAUUCUUUGCAUUCUGAAUUAUUUCUACGUUUAGCCUACUCGGAAGUGGCCAUAUUACUUAAAUGUUUUGAUUUUAAAGAUGCUCAGGCAUCUUCAAAGAUAUGCCAUGAAAUCUAUGAGAGUUUAGAUAAAGAUUUAACACGCAUGUGUCAUCAUCCGGAAAAUGGUCCAAUUUUAUUAUCCUGGAUGAUGCUACAAAUACGCUGUUGCAAUGCUGCCGAAAAUGAUGAAAAACUCUUGCGUUGCCAGCAAAUGGGUAAAAGGGCUAUAGAUUUGAAGUGUUUUAACUAUUUGCAUAGUUUAAUUUCUAGUCCAUUAUUUAGGGAUGAUUCUAUGGUGGCUCGUAUUGUACGUAAAACUAUUUAUGAUUUGUUGUCCUAUUUGUGUGACUAUUUCGAUGGUGAUGGUUCUUGUUCGCGUCAUCCUUUUAUUUAUGAACUUUUGUGUGAAUUAUUAAGUUGGCCAAGUUUAGCAAAGGAGUUUUGCAGUAAUGAAGAUGAUGGCGUUCGUUCUCUUUACAACACUCUUUUGGAAAUAUUUCCCAUAGAUUUCCAGCAUAUGUCUAUGCUGGCCUGUUCCUUGACCAAAGCUGGUAUGGGCAAUUAUAUUAAAACACAAUUGGAAUCAUUACCCAUACUCUCCGAUUACUAUGAUGAAAAUAAAUACUUUCUUAAAUCGGUGGGUGAUGAUGAAUAUGUUUUAACACAAACUGUUAAACCCUUUGCCCACAUUGAUUUCUUUAUACCAGAAGGCACCUCAACGGCAGUUUUAGCACGUCCCGAGGGCUAUUGUGUUCAUUUUCGUUUACCGGUGAAUUAUUUUAAUGUUUUGCAUCACGAAAUCAAUUGUCUGCUGGCCGAAACACAACAAUAUUAUGGGGAAUAUGAGAAUAUUGAGAGAGUAAAACGUGUUAAUGAAGGUUUAAAGUAUUUGCAUGAAGCUUUAAAGAAAACAAAAACUUUAGCUAAUAUAAGUGUGGAAAUGGUGCAUCCUACAGAGAUGUGCAUAGAUUUGUUGAACAAAUUUAAAGCGGUACAACAGCCACCAGUGGAAUUAAUGGCUAAUUGUUUGAAUGUCUGCACAGCUCUACUGCCCUUAGCUGAUGCAGAGAUUUUUAUACGUGUUAUUAAUUUAGCUAUUCUACCAGUUAUCACUAAUGAUUCUUUAGAUGAUUAUAAGAAAUAUGCCCAUGGUUCUUGUUUCGAUUCAAAUCUAGUGGGCACUUAUUUGGUAGAUGUGGAAAAGAAAAAGGAAAAAUUUGAUUUUCUACAGGCGUAUAUCAGCUUUUUACGUUGUUAUACCAAAUUGCAAAGAAGUAAAUAUUUCCAGGUGGAAAUACCCGGUUUAAUAUUUCUAUUGCGUGAUGUUUUUCCUCAUUUACAUGUUUGGAGAUUCCAAUCUCAACAGGUUAAACAUAAAAUUUAUGCCGAAAUUAUGGGUUUUAUAUGUGACAUAUUGGAUGAGUUUACUUCUUUGGAAAAGGAUGUUAAAAUACCCAAAGAUCAUUUGUUAUUAAGAGACAUAUGUGUCUACUCUUUGUUGUCUAUGGAAAAUGGUCAGAUUUUAUUGAGAUUUGUAGCCUUGGGCAAUGCUUAUCUACAACAUUGCAUGGAAAUGGAAUCGAAUUGGAUUGUACAACAGACUCAUGGUUUAGUGCUGCUGGUGCGUUUAUCUAUGCGAAUUUUAAUGCAGGUGUUGAAGUUGAAAAGUAAUAUUUUCAAAACGUCUGAGUUAUCACCCUUAGAGGCUAUGAUUUAUACCCAACCCAAACAAAGAGAUACUUUACGCAUUAUACCCGUAGUGACCAGUUAUAUGAGCAAUAUAUUCGAUAGAUGGUUGCCCAUAUUGUCGUGUCGUUUAUUAAAAAGAAUUGCUUUGGAAUUUAACAUGUCUCUAUUGGCCUGUUUGGAUAUGGAACCAGAUCAAAUUAGAUUGACUUUUUUGCAAAAAUUACCCGAUGAAUUGGAAAGUGAUUCUAUAAAAAUUGCCAUUUUAGAGCUGAUAGAGGCCUGCAUAGAGAAACAACCUGGUGUAACAGAGGCCUUCUUUAAGGUAAACUAUAAUAAGGAAAAACGUAUAUUUGGCAAAGAACAAAAUGCCCAAAUCUCCGAUAGUAUUGUUACCUAUAUGGAAGAUUAUUUGGAAGCCGUUUCCAAAGAUCCUCAUAUUGUGGAACAAAUAAUACCCAGUAAAAUCAUGAAUCUAUAUCACAUGCUGUGGAAGCAAAAUAUGCAAUUAUUAACAGAUUCUCUGCUGCAAAAGCCCAACUUUUGGGAAAACUUUUGUCAACCCUUAUUUGGUUCGUUUAAACCGAAUGUCAAGGCCUAUACACAACUGCUUAAUAUAUUGGCCAUAGAAGUAUUCUGUACUAAUGCCAAAACUAAUAAUGGUUUAAAGAAAAUUCUAACGAAAUUUUUUGAACCUCAAUAUUUUGAAAAAUGGUUAAAUUUUGUAUUUGAUUUACCCAAGACUUCGGUGGACAAAUUGCAGGAAUUCAAUCCAGAAGAAAUGCCCGAAUGGUUGUGCAGACUGCAGGCUUUUAAAAGUUUCCUUUUAAUACUCUUGAAGAAGCAACCUCUUUUCAUGGAAAUACCCAAAAAACAAUUUAAACUUUUAGCUCAAAAAUGUUUAAAUAUUCUCGUAGAACGUUCUGAAUAUGUAGAGGAUUUAAGGCCAUUAAUUAUUUUAUCGGAAUUAUAUUUAUUUAUUAUUCUCAGUUUCAAACAUGCCUACACCGAGACCACCGAGGAACAUAAACAAAUGUUGAAACAAUUAAAUCAUCUUUUAAGCAGAGUCGCCUCCUGUUACAGUGACUUGCAUGUAAGAGCUAAAGAAGCUUGUCUUUCUAUAGCUAUUAAGUCGGCAGAUUUUCUUUCUGAGGAACUGACAGAAGACUCUUCUUUAUCGUUAUCAUUUUUGCAUUCAGUUGUUCAUAUAAUUUGCUCUGAAUUGCAAUAUCUAGAAAAUGGUGUUAAAAUGGAAAUACAAAGUAGAAAAUCGGGAGUGGAUGAGGCCAAAAGAACUUCUUCCAAUUCCUUAGUUUUGUGCUUAAAUCUUUUAAAGACGGUGGCGGGCAUUUUUCACAAAGAUGGUUUUGGCAAUUGGGAUUUUCCCUUUAUCAGCAAUAAGGUUUUUCAACGUUUGCUAAGCUGCACAGGAGCCAUUCUCCAGUUGAAUAGUAAACAACAGCUGUCAGUGGAACUACUCGAUGUUUUAAUAGUCUUUGCUAAAGGCAAUUGUUCCUCGGAAUUUUUACACUGCGAUGUCGGUGAUUAUCUAUGGUUGAAACUUUUGCCUCCCAAGGAUUUGCUAGAAGCCAAUUAUGCUCUCCAACAACCUAAAGAUUCUGAAUGGACUGUACAGAAAUGGUGGCCCAUUUAUGCUCGUGGUAUUGAAUUAGUUUGUAUACUAUUUCAAAAACAUUCAUAUCAUUUCCUAAAGGAGGCCCUACAAUUUGUGGGCAUUCAUGAGGAAUACUUAGUAGAUUCAUUAUUGUUAAGCAAACAAUCACUCGAACCAGCAGCCAUGCAAUUGAUAAAGAGUACCGUAACUUUGUUGGUGAACUUGGUUCAAUUUGAAAAACAAUGGCGUUUGGAACACUCUCAAUCAUUGUUUAAUUUAAUGCGUUCGGUACAAAUGCUUUUGGGUCAUGCCAUUUCUAUGUUUCAUCAGCCUAAAAAUUUGAAACUUUUAUUAGCUGGCCGCCGUUCUCAAAUUGAUAUUCUUAGGGAUAUUGAAAAUGCGGGCAUGGUGGAUGAAGUUAUAACCACAUUUAAUGACUUAACCGAAGUUAUCAUUUUGUGCGUUAAAUGCCUGCAAGCCUUCUCACCAAAUAUUAUCGAUUUAAUCUGUGAGCCGGAAUUCUUAUCCAGUAAAUGGGAACCUAUAUUUGAAAUACGUUUUGGAGCCCCAAAGCUAAGUGAAAAUGCCAUACAUUUAACAUUUGGUACAGUACUCAGCAUAGUAGGUGUCUAUACAAAGGUCUUAAAUUUGCAAAAUUAUGGUUUCCAUGAAGUUCCCUUAAAUGUUUUGCCCGAAAUAGACAAUAAAGAUCCAGCGAAUGUAUCGACAAAUGUUACUAAAUCUCCCCAGACACACAACACUUCACAAAGGCCUUUCUCCAAGUCCUUGUCGGUGGCGUCAGUGUCUUCGGUAAAUUGUCCACCCAAUGAAUUGCUCUCCAAUUUAGAUGGUGAAUUGUGUUUAAUGGCCUUGGAACAUAUACUUACAUUGGCUGCCUCACAAAGUAUGUUGGCUUUGAAAAAUUCACUGUUGCCCGUACGCGAGAAGCAACUUAUAAAACGUGAAAUAUCCAGUGAAUUAUUAUCAUAUCAUGAGUUUGUACGCCGUAAAGUUUUGGUGGAAUACAGAGAACAUAAUAAAAUUUGGCACAGACGUAAACAUGGACAAGUGUUAAUGCAGCAAGUAGAAGAACAUGAAUUGGCAUCUGCAUCAGGAAGCGUAGCACAACGCUCUUCCAGCGAUAUACACAAAAGACCUUCAACAGAUUUGAGGGUAAAUGUAGUCAGACGUUUACAUUUACAACAGCAUAGGACACCCACACCAACGGGAAACUUUGAGAUGUCUCAUAUAAUAAGUCCCAUUAGCUCAAAGAGUCAGCAACCACAAUCAUCAGGGGCAAGUCAACAACCAGCUGCCUCCACACCACACUUGGCACGUUCUGCAUUACGACGACCAGGUGACAGCACAAACUACGAUCCCACUAAACGUGUACAUAUAGCUGAAGAAGUUUCGGAAAUUGAACCCGCCGCUGCGGAAGAGCCAGAAGAAAUCACUUAUUUCCCACCCGAAGAACCUAAAUAUAGUCCUUUAUCCUAUAUACAAUUCGUGGAAGAGGAUUAUUUACAUUUUAUGUCUAAUUUAUUCUUCAUUAUUUGUCAAAAUGAUUGAAACUGAAACAAUUAAAUUUUUUCGCAAAUUAAGAUACAGAACACAAGAAAACGAGCCCCCUAAAGAUAAAAAACUAUAACAACAACACUUACUUAAGUACUUACGUAUCCAAUAAUUGCUCUUGUACACGUACAAUUGUAUUCAGAUUUUGAGAAUCUGAGAGUAGAAUUUGCAAACUAUUUUACAAGAACAUUACAAUAGUUUUCUUAAUAUGACGAUCAAGCGGCAUGAAGGGAAGUUAAAGAUUAGUCAGUUUUUGUUUGUUUAAAAAGUUGAAUAAACUUUUCAUAAGUAUUGUCUUCUAUUUUAUGCAAAAAAAACCCUCUCAAACAACUAGUGUGAAACAAUUAGCUGGAAUUAGAUAUUUGAACAUGUUUUCCAUAAAAAACCUUAAUUGUUUUCUCUUAAUUAGUUUAGCUACGUGUUGCUAUGAGAAGAAUGUGAUUUACAAAUGUUUAAAACAAUAAUUCCUUAGUUGUAGUUUAACACAGUUUAGUAACAAUUAGAUAUGUACCUAAUAUAUAGUUUUUAGUACAAACUUAAGCUCAUACGCUACAUUAAUUCAUUAUUUUUUUAUGCCAACCACCCCAUUAAGAAGCAAACCCUCUACUAAAU